GAAGUUUAAGAAAUGACAGCGCCCAUACACGGGAAUUAUAAAAAUUACUACUCUAAAAGACAGAAUACUGUGAAUGGUACAGACGCGAGAAUAGACGCACUGGGAAGUGACUUUUGCGAUAAAUUACGCGAUAAGGAUAUACUGGAUGUUGGUUGCAAUGAAGGAAAAAUAACAAUCGAAAUUGCUAGAAAGUUCUCUCCAAAGUUCAUCUUAGGUGUCGAUUUAGAUCCUGCACUCAUACAUCGCGCUACAAAGGAACUUAAGGUUGCAUGGUCGACGAGCAAACCAAUAGAGGGUAAUGAGAAGGGCAAGAGAAAGCGUAAAGAUGAUACCGAGGUAGCUGAAACAGGCUACUUUCCUUUAUCGAUGCCGAGUAUGUUUGGAUUCCUCCCUUUCCCAGAGUCUUCGACGUCAUUUCCAUGCAACAUCGAGUUCAAGAAGCUAGACGUAAUGCAAGGAAAGCUGGAAACCAAUGGGUAUGACGUUAUUCUAGCGUUGUCAAUAACAAAGUGGAUACAUUUGAAUGGCGGUGACGAUGGUUUAAUUCUAUUUUUUAAGAAGCUCUACGAAGCUCUAAAGGAAGGUGGUGAGCUCGUAUUAGAAGCUCAACCUGUCAAAUCGUAUCAGAAUGCAGUCAGCGAUAUGCAUCAAUUAAAACCGACAUUUGAGAAAUUGACGAUUGAUCCUAGUCAAUUUGAAGCACUUCUAGUGAAUGAAAUUGGAUUCAGAGAGGUGCGACAUUGCGUGGGUAUGCGAGAUAGAGGAGUCUCAGUGUACACCAAGUAGUAUGAUAAUUUUCAUGCAAAUUGGCAACUACCGCUAAGCUAAUGAACAUAAUACAACUUAAUAAGAUUAUAAAUAGACCAUAAUAUCAACAUACCAGCCUUCUCUUCUGGGAUAUACGGUACGACGUCAGCAGCAGCAAAAUUAGAGGAGCAGAAGGGAAUGAUAAAUAUAAAGUCUAAUAGAACACUCAUAAUAAAGUAGAAUUACUGUAAAUAUCUAAAUUUUUUUUCUACAAUAUUGACCUUCCAAUC